AUGUUGGCUACGGGGCCAGUUACAGUGGUGGAGGAAGGCGCGGCGCCCUGCGCUCAGUGCGGCGUGAGCUUCCAGAGCGAGUACGCGCGCGCCAGGCACACCGCGCUCGCCGCGCGCCCCUGCCAGCUCACCAGGGCAUGCGCGCUGUGCGGAGAAAACUUUAAAGAUGAUCCCGCGCUGCAGGAACAUGUUAGAGAGAGACACCAAGAUCGGCAGACGCAGUGCCAGGAGUGUGACAUGACGUUCGCGAGCGAGGCAUCCCGCAGCGUGCACUACGAGCGAGUCCAUCUCAAGGUGAAAGUGCGCCGCUGCCUGCCGAAGACUGGGCGCAAGUACGACCGCUACGGGGACCACUUCAUGUGUGAGAUGUGUGGCAAGAAGUGCCAGAACAACAUCGCCCUGAAGUACCACAUCCGCUCACACACGGGGGAGAAACCCCACGCCUGCCCCCAUUGCCCGAAGCACUACUCCACGCCCGUCGCGCUGCAGGUACACUUCACUUUGUACAUCGCCCUGAAGUGCCACAUCCGCUCACACACGGGGGAGAUGCCGCACGCCUGCCCCCACUGUCCGAAGCACUACUCCACGCCCGUCGCGCUGCAGUGCCACAUCCGCUCACACACGGGGGAGAUGCCCCACGCCUGCCCGCACUGCCCCAAGCACUACUCCACGCCCGUCGCGCUGCAGGUACACUUCACUUGA